AUUUUAUUUUCUAAAUAAAUAUUUCCAUUGUCCUUUUUAGUUUCACUUUUUCAGAUUAAAAAUCACUUUCUUCUUCUUCUUCAUUGUUUCCCUCUCCUUUUACUCUCGACCGGAGAUUCAGUAAACCACCUUCCCGGAGAUGGGAAAAUACAUUAAGAAGUCAAAAGUCGCCGGAGCCGUUUCCGUUAAGGAUAUCUCUCACCCAACCACUCUCCGUUUCCGUACCAGAUCCCCCGCUGCCAAAAACCUCGCCCUCUACCGUCUCCGUUCUCAUUCCAACGAAGCAGACUCUUUAAACUACCUCCAGCUCCGGAGCCGCCGUCUCAUGAAGCUUCCAUUACUCGCCAAUACUAGGAAACAGCUCACACAGUGUGUCAAUCAAUGUCAAACGAGAAACCCUAGGGCUAAAUCCGGUCCGGCGAAGAAAUCAGAAGCGGAGACGACGACGAUGGAAGAAGCUUGUGGUGAUAAUGAGAGAAUAUCUAGGUCUGAUUGUAAUUUUGGAGAUAAAGGUUUUGAUUUGGAAUCAGAAAACAGGAGCAUGAUAAGAGACUCAAAAGCUAUACAAAGUGAGAUUGAAGACUUCUUUGCUAACGCAGAGGAGCAACAACAGAGAUUCUUCAUUCAAAAGUACAACUUUGACAUUGUCUCGGACAAUCCAUUGCCUGGACGUUACGAAUGGGUCUGAUGCCAUGAAGAUGAGAAGUGAGUCGUUUUCGAUGUAAAGUUGUGUGCUUUAGGAAACAUCUGUGUUGGAACAGAGGAGAUGGAAAAUUGCACACAGACUAACUUGUGGGGUUUUUUAGGGUUGGUGUAUAACUUGUUAGUCAAGAAUAAUGUAAUGUUAAUCUCUCUCAUUUGCAACUAAAUAAUGUCUAAUUUUACUGCCAAGUUACUUGAAUUAGUAUUGUAAAUCUCUCCUUUGUUCUUUA